AUCGUUUAUUAUUUUAAUAACAAGUGAUUUAAUAUGGCCGGUUCAAUCGAAGACAACGCAGCGUUAUAUAUGAAGAAGAAGACUUUUACUUAUGUACCGCCAUCACCUCCAGCCGAACUCAUCGAAUCCACCAGCUAUACACUAGACUUCGCAGCCCGUAAGUUUAUACAUAUCGGUAUUGACCCGAGUGAAAAAUUCAAAGUCGUUAUUCAUGUAUUGUCUUCUUCGCGGCACGUACUUAUUACACCAGACUUUAUGAAAAAAAUAUUCUCGUAUAUGGGACAUAUCUUAUCGUUCAUAUUAGACACACCACAAAAGUAUAAGCGAGUAUUGUUUUAUGAAGAUUAUGAAAUAAAACUAUCGAGUAUGGUGUAUACUGGAGAAAAUAUGUUGGUAAUCGAAUCGAAAAACCGCGAUGGAUGUAGAGUACUACUGAAUCGGACAGACCUUUUACGUCUUCAGUAUCUUGAAUGUUCAAUUUUCGAGAGCAUUGUGCGAAAAGAAGUAUUAACCGCUCCGUUAGUUAUAAAACAAUAUGAAGAGAUUUGUGUGUACCUAGACAAAGUAUGUACUCUAUAUAAAAAUAUGGACGAGAUGAGUGAUUUUCAUUGA